CUGGUUUCUAUACAAAUGAUUUGGCAGCACCAUUCGGAAUUUGUAUUGUCAUUCAGCACCGCAAAAAUUACCAAAUAACAAAAUGGAAUCUGCACCUAAAAUUAUUGAUGCUUCACCAAAUUGGGCUGCACCCGUUCACAAAAAUGCAUUGAUGCAGACAACCUCAAAGGUGCCUGUGGAUGGGACCGAAAACGUUUGGUUAAUGCAAGUAGCGCGCAACAGGGAAGGACAGGGAGUGCCUCUAAAGAUGGCUAUGGAAUUGCAUGCAGCCAAUCAAGUUGGCCGACUUCCUUUCCUAAAUUCGAGCAAUAUGAUGCGCGAUGUGCUUCUGGGUAGGGAUGAAAUGAUUGACUUCUCUGAUAUACUCGGCAAUCCAGAACACUUUGAAUUCCACAAUGAACCACAUGCUACCGUGGAAAAGAUGCAGGAGCGUAAAUCAAACUAUAACGGGAUGUGGUGAAACAACAUUCUCAUGUGUUUUUUCAUAAAUAUAUAGAUAUAGCUGUAAUAUGCA